AUGGGAGGCCACGGUGGUUUGAACAUUCUUCCGCAGAAGCGAUGGAACGUUUACAAUUUCGACAACAGAGAGAAAGUCCGAAAGGACGAAGAAGCAGCGGCUAGGGAAGAACAGAUCAAGCGCGAGGAAGCCAGGAAACGAGACGCCGAAUCUCGUCUCGAGGUGCUUCGUAACGUCCGUGGCUUGGCUCCUCUCAAACGAGCUUCUCCGGAGGCAGAGAAGGGUAAGGAUGCGGUUGUGGCGGCGGCUGUGGUGGCUGCUGCUCUUACUUCCUCCGCUGCCGUGAAGAGUGUUGAAUCGGAAGAGCCUAAGACGGGACACAUAAACCUAUUCGAAGGGAUUAAGAUAUUCGAUCCGAUUGAGCUGCCGAAGAACGAGAAGCCUGCGGAGGAGGAAGACCACAGGAGGAAGAAGAUGAGGAAAGAAGCGGCUGCAACUGCGAGGGCUUCUGCGAAAGAUGCGGCAGCGAGAGAAGGAGAUCCGGACGAGGAGAAGUAUAGAUUGGGAUAUGGUGUUGCUGGUAAAGGAGUCAAGCUUCCUUGGUACCUUGAGAACAAACGUAAAAAUGAAGCUAGUGCUCGUGGUGAGGAUGAUGAUGUUGGUGGUGGAUACAGAGAAGGCUCUCGGGAGGGCUCGAAGAAGAAGAAGAGUGGGAAGAAGAGCUUGAAGGAGCUGAGAGAAGAGCGGUUGAAGAGGGAGAGGGUUGAGAAGGAAAGAGAGAGAGCUCUGUUCAUGAAACAGAGCCAGACACACGGUGGCUUUUCACGGAGGCGGUGA